CCUCCAAUGAAAAGCGCCCAUAACACCCACAACAGCGGUCCGUGCGGCUCCAUAUUGGAUCUACCUUGUCUUAGAAAUAUACUGUGCCGGAGGUCUGCCCGGGCACACCGUCCAGAGUGCGGCCGGCUCUGCUCCGCGGGCUCAGGUAUGAGGGAUGGAACCGACAAAACCGCGCUGUCACGAACAAAUGUCGCUCCGAGCUUUGUUUUAACGAGGCCGGGGAAAUAAGGUUAGAGGCGCACCUGAAGAGCGGAGAGAAAAGUGGCAUGCAGGCUGAGGAAGAAAUAAUUGGAUUGAGAUAACCCCACAAAGACAUGAUGUUCACACUCACUGAGGUUGCAUCCUUGAAUGACAUCCAGCCGACGUACCGCAUCCUAAAGCCAUGGUGGGAUGUCUUCAUGGAUUACCUGGGGCUGGUCAUGCUCAUGCUGGCCAUAUUCGCCAUGACCAUGCAGAUCACCAAAGACCAAGUGGCUUGCCUUCCGUGUCUGGAGGACCCAGAGGAUGCCUCGGGAGCUAAGUCUCACUCGUUCCCUCAACAGAGCGGGCACGAAGCAGCCUCAUCCGCAGCCACCGGCGCCCCUGUGGUAACCACCAUCCCGCACAUUACCAAGGACUUACCGGACGAAGCUGUCCAUGAGAUCCACGUUACACACCAACACACGGCUGUUUUGGCAGAGAAAUAUGUCAAUCAACCUCAGCCAACGGGGAUCAAGACCAAUCUGGACUUUCAACAAUACGUCUUUAUCAACCAAAUAUGUUACCAUGUUGCCUUGCCCUGGUACUCAAAGUACUUUCCAUACCUCACUCUCAUCCACACAAUUGUUCUCAUGGUCAGUAGCAACUUCUGGUUCAAAUACCCCAAAACGAGCUCAAAGAUUGAGCAUUUCGUGUCUAUACUGGGUAGAUGUUUUGAGUCUCCCUGGACUACCAAGGCUUUGUCUGAGACAGCUUGUGAGGACUCGGAGAACAAACAGAGGCUGACUGGCACCUCGUCGGCACCAAAGCAGGUAUCUUUAGAGGGGAGGGAUGAAAGCCCAAGUGUCACCUCAUCCACUCCCAUGCUCGGGGUGAAGUUUUCCGCAGAUAAGCCCAUCGCGGAGGCCCCAAGUAGUAUGACAAUCCUGGAUAAGAAAGAUGGGGAGCAAGCUAAAGCCUUAUUUGAGAAAGUAAGAAAAUUCAGAGCUCACGUGGAGGACAGUGAUUUCAUCUACAAGCUUUAUGUAGCGCAGACCGUUGUCAAAACUGUCAAGUUUAUUUUGAUAUUGUCCUACACUUCGACCUUUAUGGCUAAGAUUAAUUUUAAGCACAGCUGUGAACCUGAUGUUAAACAGCUAACAGGAUACAAAAAGUUCUUCUGUACGCACAACAUGGCGUUCAUGCUAAACAAGCUUCUUAUUAGUUACAUGGCUUUGAUUUUGAUCUAUGGGAUGGCGUGCUUGUACUCACUCUUCUGGGUGUUUAGACGGCCUCUGAAGGAGUACUCGUUCGAGAAGGUCAGGGAAGAGAGCAGCUUUAGUGACAUUCCUGAUGUGAAAAAUGACUUUGCAUUCCUCUUACACAUGGUUGACCAGUAUGACCAACUCUACUCCAAGCGCUUUGGUGUCUUCUUGUCUGAGGUCAGUGAAAACAAGCUGAGGGAGAUCAGCCUCAAUCACGAGUGGACUUUUGAAAAACUGAGGCAGCUUGUGACCCGUAAUGCACAGGACCAGCAGGAGCUGCACCUUUUCAUGCUCUCUGGACUCCCGAAUGCAGUGUUUGACCUCACGGACUUGGAAGUGCUCAAACUGGAGCUGAUUCCUGAGGUAAGGUUCUCGGCAAAGGUCUCCCAAAUGACCAGCCUGCAGGAGCUGCAUCUCUGCCACUGUCCCGCCAAAGUAGAGCAGACGGGUUUUGCUUUCCUCCGUGACCAUCUUCGCAGCCUGCAUGUCAAGUUCACCGAUGUGGCUGAGAUCCCAGCUUGGGUGUAUUUGCUCAGGAGUUUGAGGGAGCUUUACCUGAUUGGCAACUUGAGCUCAGAAAAUAACAAGAUGAUUUGUCUAGAGUCCAUGCGAGAUCUGAGGCAUUUAAAGACAUUGUGCCUAAAGAGCAACCUCACCAAAAUGCCCACAAACAUCACGGAGCUCUCGCAACAUUUGAUUAAAUUGGUAGUGCACAAUGAUGGUACAAAACUGCUGGUACUAAAUAGUCUGAAAAAGAUGACGAGUCUAAUCGAUCUGGAGCUGCACAGCUGUGAACUAGAGAGGAUUCCCCACGCCAUUUUCAGCUUGACCAACUUACAGGAGCUUGACCUGAAGUCCAACAACAUCCGAACCAUAGAGGAGAUCAUCAGCUUCCAGCACCUCAAGAGGCUGACGUGCCUUAAACUAUGGCACAACAAAAUUAUUACCAUCCCAACCUCCAUUGGGCAGGUCAGGUCUCUGGAGUCUCUGCACCUCUCACACAAUAAACUAGAGUCCCUGCCUCCAGCCUUGUUCGCGCUUCCUAAACUGCGGCACUUGGAUGUGAGCCAUAACUCCAUCACGGUUCUCCCUCCAGACAUUGGCCUCCUCCACAACCUCCAGUACUUUGCCAUCAACUCCAACAAGCUGGAGGUGCUGCCCAAGCCUCUGUUCAGAUGCACCAAGCUGAAGGUGUUGUGUCUCGGGCACAACGCGCUCACCGUGUUCCCAGAUGCCGUGGGUCAACUGGUCCAGCUCACUCAGCUGGACCUAAGAGGAAACUGUCUGGACAGACUACCCUCCAUGCUGGGAAACUGCCGCCUGCUGCGCAAAACAGGCCUGACUGUGGAGGACCAUCUCUUUGACACUCUGCCUGUGGAAGUUAAGGAGAGCAUGAGCAGGGAGAACGUGUCCUUUACGUCUGGCUUAUAGCACAAAAACCACAAUGCAGACAGGCCUGCAGCUCUGGUGGUUCAUAAAAUGCCUGUACAGUGGAUGGAAGAGACUUUUUUAUUAUUGUAAUAUUCAUAAAAAUUGAAUGCUUUUUUUUUUUCUAGAUUAUUUUAAUGGGUUUUUCUUAGUUGCUUAUAUGAUAAAAUAAUAGAUUGCUUUUAUUGUUGGUGAGUAUGUAUCUAAUUCAGCUUUUUCAUAACUUUGAUAAAAGAUUAGAAAUUUAGCUUCUCUAUAAACCAAAUCUGUUUGCUCUAGUGACACAGUAUGUAGAAUUAUCAUUAUUGUUUUAGGUACUCAGGUAUAAUUGUUACCAUGGGGAACAAUCUUUUGCCUUAACUGCUGCUAUUUUUUUUACAGUGAGGGCUUUCACAAACUUAAGGCCAAAUAUAAAUAUUUCAUGUUUUCUUGUCCAUAAUUCAAACACACAUUAUCCACAGAGCAAUUUCUAUAUGUUGUGGAAGCAGACACAAUGCAAUGCUCCUUUCUUGGUAGUAUUUAACUUUUGUUCAAAUCAUAUAACCUUUAUUUUCCUUUAUGUCUUGUAGCUAACAGAAUGAGUGUAGAGUUGUAAAACUCCGGUGGAGACUAAGCACCAGAAAUGACCCUUUACCUUACUGUUGUAGAGAUUGUACACUAAGGCCUAUAGUAAUUCACUUGCACAAUGAAAACCUAUCAAUUUUAAAGAUUGACGAUUGUCCUUCGUGUUCUAAGACCAAUGUGAGUUGAUAAAAGGGAAAUCUGUUGACUAUCUUUUUUUUAAUCAUGCUUUGAAAUUUGAAAUUUGAAAUGUGUGAUAAGACCUGUCACAGGUGGGACUGAUUAUCCUACAUGUAAGAAUUAUGUAAUGACAUUAAACAUGUCUGCCUUUCUUUCUUCUCAAUGUAUUACUCUGUAGGCCUAUAUAUAUAUAUGUGUGUGUGCGUGCGUGUGUGUGUGUUCCUCUGAGCUGCUGUACCACCUCAGUGAUCCUAUGCUCAAAGUUCACAACUUUAUGGCACAAUAAAACAAGAUUUUAGA